UAUCAAGGAAAACUGCUCUCCUAGCUUCCGGAAGAAUCCUCCCUGCUCCUUUAAGACCGAGGCUGGGAAUUCGUAGUGACGUACUGCGUCUAGGAAGAGAGACGAGGGGAGUGCAGCAGCUCAAGCGAACCUCGCCUCUUGCUGCGGUCGGAAGGGGAACAAAACAAAGCAGAUAGACCCGUGCCUAUAGAAAAAAAGGACACAACGACAGCUCUGUGAUGACCGAGACUACUAAAACGCACGUUAUUCUACUGUCAUGUGGCAGUUUUAAUCCCAUCACCAAGGGACAUAUUCAUAUGUUCGAGAAAGCCAGAGAAUACCUGCACAAGACAGGGCGGUUCAUCGUGAUUGGUGGCAUCAUCUCGCCAGUCCAUGACUCCUAUGGAAAACCGGGUCUGGUUUCCAGCAGACAUCGUCUCACUAUGUGUCAGCUGGCAGUGCAGUCCUCUGACUGGAUAAGGGUGGACCCCUGGGAGUGCUACCAGGAUACCUGGCAGACCACCUGUAGCGUGCUGGAGCACCACCGCGAUCUCAUGAAGAGGGUGACGGGGUGCAUUCUCUCCAACGUUAACUCCCCGUCCACGACUCCGGUGAUUGGACAGCCACAGACUGAGACCCGGCCGAUCUACCAGAACAACAACAACAUGAGCAACAAGCCCACUGCUGUUAAACUGUGGGGGAAGAUGAGCGAGAGCCUUGGGAAGAUCUGCUGCGUUCGCCCCCAUAACGAGCGCUUCACCUUCGUGGAUGAGAAUGCAAACCUGGGAACUGCAAUGCGAUAUGAAGAAAUUGAGCUGCGUAUCCUGUUGCUGUGUGGCAGUGAUCUGCUGGAUUCCUUCUGCAUCCCUGGCCUCUGGAACAACAGUGAUAUGGAGGUGAUUGUGGGGGAUUUUGGGAUCGUGGUGGUGCCCCGUGAUGGUGCGGAUACAGAACGGAUAAUCAACCAUUCCUCCGUGCUCCGCAAGUACAAGGACAACAUCAUUGUGGUCAAAGAUGACAUUAACCACCCGAUGUCUGUUGUUAGUUCUACCAAGAGCAGACUGGCCCUCCAGCACGGCGACGGACAUGUGGUGGACUACCUGAGCCAGCCGGUCAUCGACUACAUCCUGCAGAGCCAGCUCUACAUAAACACCUCUGGAUAGAGCGCCCCUGGUGGCGCGGAGGGGAAGAGCCCACCGCCCCUCUUAACUCUCUGUAUUUUUUUUUUUGUGUAAAACUUAUAUUCUUCCUGCUCUUCUGCUAAGCUGUGUACAGGAGCAUGGUGUCUCUGUCCCUCCUCACUGUCUCAUAGUGACUCACGGGUCUGGUGGUGUACAGCACUGUGUAAGAGGGCCGCGCGUUCCUCAACCCCCCUGACUGCAGUGAGGUUUCUCUUCCCACCAUUGCGGGGGUGGGAGUCAGGUGAUUCUGUGGAUGUGGGUGCGUGGGGGAUUGGCGCAGGGGUGUG